UCCCCUCUGACCCGGUGUCUAGUCGCUCUGUCUUCCUGUUCCAAACCACGUGGACGCGUCGGGGGCCGCGGUGGUCCCGGUCUCGUUCCCAGCUCCCGGCCCUCCGCGGACCGCGCUCACAUGGCGACCCAGGCGCACUCCCUCAGCUACGCGGGGUGCAACUUCUUGCGCCAGCGGCUGGUCCUGUCCACCCUGAGCGGGCGCCCGGUCAAGAUCCGCAGGAUUCGGGCCAGGGACGACAACCCGGGCCUCCGAGAUUUUGAAGCAAGCUUUAUAAGGCUGUUGGACAAAAUAACUAAUGGUUCUCGAAUUGAAAUCAACCAAACAGGAACAAGCUUAUAUUACCAGCCUGGCCUCCUGUACGGUGGGUCUGUGGAGCAUGACUGUAGUGUUCUCCGUAGCAUUGGCUACUACCUGGAGGCUCUGCUUUGCCUGGCUCCGUUUAUGAAGCACCCGUUAAAAAUCAUCCUGCGAGGAGUGACCAAUGACCAGGUUGACCCUUCGGUUGAUGUUCUUAAGGCAACAGCACUCCCUCUGUUGAAACAGUUUGGGAUUGAUGGAGAAUCAUUUGAGCUAAAGAUCUUGCGACGGGGAAUGCCUCCGGGAGGAGGAGGUGAAGUGCUUUUCUCAUGUCCUGUAAGGAAGGUCCUGAAGCCUGUCCAGCUCACAGACCCAGGAAAAAUCAAGCGGAUCAGAGGAAUGGCGUACUCGGUGCGCGUAUCACCUCAGAUGGCAAACCGGAUUGUGGAUUCUGCCAGGAGCAUCCUCAACAAGUUCAUACCCGACAUCUAUAUCUACACAGACCACAUGAAAGGCGUCAACUCUGGGAAGUCUCCAGGCUUUGGACUGUCGCUGGUGGCAGAGACUACCAAUGGUACCUUCCUGAGUGCUGAACUGGCCUCUAAUCCCCAGGGCCAGGGAGCAGCAGUGCUUCCUGAGGACCUCGGCAGGAACUGUGCAAAGCUGCUGCUUGAAGAAAUCUAUAGGGGCGGAUGUGUGGACUCGACCAACCAAAGUCUAGUUCUGCUGCUCAUGACCCUUGGACAGCAGGACGUUUCCAAAGUCCUGCUGGGACCACUCUCCCCUUACACGAUAGAAUUUUUGCGGCAUUUGAAGAGCUUUUUCCAGGUUAUGUUUAAAAUUGAAACGAAGCCAUGUGGUGAAGAACGCAAGGGUGGGGACAAAGUGCUGAUGACCUGCGUUGGGGUUGGCUUCUCGAAUCUCAGCAAGACCCUCAAGUGAUGCUGUUACACCGUAAGCCUCCGUUGUGGAUGGAUGAAGCAGAAGCUGCAGAGGACCUAAGGGACCAUGCCCAGAUGUGUCCAUCCAGCAUGCCCAGAUGUGUGCAUCCAGGACAGGACAACCUCCUAACAAUAAGGACUUUAUUAACUAGUUUUCCACUGAAAAUACUGAUGUGCAAAUAGAAGACGUUUCUACCCUGUGACUCCAGCUCUUUCUCCAGUGACAGUGACAUUCCUUGGAGGCCCAAGCUGUGAGCGUCCCAACUCAUCUGGAGGAGGGGCCCUCAGGAAGUGGCCGUGCUGCUCAAACAGUCUGUGGACUGUGGUUUUGUGUGGGGAUUCACGUGGCAGUGUGUGUGGAAGCCCUGUUCACCAUGACAGACUGUGAGAAUGCCAGAGGCUGGGGCAUUUCGUUUAUCUCUUGUUUUGUGAAUGAGUUGUUGCACAGGUGCAUGCUGUAUUUAAUCUGGUAAAUUGUGUGUGAGGGACCAGUGGUUGGGAUGCGGGGGGCAAUUCUGGGGUGUCUUUAGGUGUUUUCUAUAUUCCAGGUAUGGCAUAAAUUUUGUUUUUAUUCUUCUAAUAGCGCUAUAGUGUAAAUUAUUAUUUCCAUAAGAAAAUUCAAAAGGAUAUUUUGUUUGUUUGAUGUUUAUAAUGCAGAAACAUUAGAUCUUCUGGUUUAAAGGUGUAACAGCCAGAGUCUACGAUGUUACCUACUUGUAAGCUAAUGUUCCUGUUUCAUGGAUGCUAGCAAGAGUCCUAGCUGUCCAAGUCCUGGGUCAGAGACAUAGGACUUUGUAGCAUAGUAGGCAGCAUAAACAUGUUUAAACUGAAGUCUCUACUGCCAAGUCCUGCUGUGGGAGGAAGGGGCUCAGGUAGGUGUGCAUACAGUAAAACUCACAUCACAGGCGGGGAACAUGGGUGCUGAGGAAUCUUCCUUCUUCGUAGCAAGUCUGUUCUUUACUCCACUGGAAAGACUCUUUGACCCCUCAAGACUGCUUACUGCAAACAGUUUCGAGAAGGGACUUAGGCAGAGACCAAUGAGAAUGUGCAGGGGUCCCAGGAUCACGGCAGAUUCCCCUGUAGAGUGUGCGUGUGUGACAUGUACAGGAUACACCAGUGGUGUUCUCCCUGUUGCAGCAGGCAUUGGAAGUCAGGGUGGCCUUUGCCUCACUCUUCUUCCUCAGAACCUUUUCCUUUCAUUAAAAGAGCAGUGUCAUUUGCUGCUGGCUGAAGAUGCAGAGCUGGAGAUCUGACCUUGAGGGACACCGGGACAUUCUGGAUGAGGCCCUGAGCUCAGAGCAUUCCUUUGUAUAGCCGUGUCCUGUUGGUGCAUAACAGUUUAAAACAGUACUCACUCAGCAUCCCAGAGUUGGUAGGUCACAAGUGUGGCAGGUGUGGAUAACGUCUCUACAUGACAUCACACAUGGUCGCUGUCAAGGUAUCAGCCCCUCGGGCUCUCACUUGAAGGCCCUGGGUAAAAAGAGAGGUGCAGGAUUCAGGGUGUGGGAUUGAAGUCCAUUCCUUUGCUAGCUGCUGCCAACAAUGGAAGCCUGUGAACUCUACCUGCAGUUCCUCUACUUGACCCCUCCAUCUUCAAGCUAGCAAGGCUGUGUCAAAUCCUUGACAUUUAAGCAGAAUCUGACUUCCUCUUGGGACACCAGCUAGAGAAAAUAUUACCUUGAAACCAUCUGUGGUGUGGCGGUCCCACCUGGGCAGUCCUCCUGUCUUAAGGUCAGGCAGUUACGACACGGUCUGAAUUAGUGUGUGUUUGGUCAUCUUAGAAUUUGGUCUACCACAUAUUGGAGGCCACUGUUGUUUUAAAUGACACCUGCUCAAACAGAACUAAGUGACUGUGGUGCUUUGGACCUGCCAGGUUUUCUCUAACAGGGGCUCCUGUUCUUUCAUAUGUGCUUUGGAAAUACGUGUCAGUGUCAGGGAGCAGGUAGAAGCCCGAGCAGCAUGGAGGACAUGUGUGUCUGUCUGUUCUGUCUGUAAACACAGGAGUGUCUGGUGAGCUCUAGCCCUCUGCUGCAGCUGGUUCUGGAGUUGGAACAUCUGGGAGCAGUGGUGAAGUAGAAAGGAUGAAUUGGUUUCCUCCCCCCAUUUGAACAAGAUCUUAUAGUAAGUAGUCCAGAUUGCAAUGCCUCAGCUUCCUGAGUACUGUGAUCACAAGGCUGCAUCCCCACAAGUGCAAUAUUUAAACAACCGUUCUUGAUGGUUUCUCAAAGAAAACAAAGCCAGCCCUUCUGUAGGCUUGAGUCAUCUGCCAGCUGCUGUCUGGAGACCACGCGGCUCGUGUAGUCUGCUCUGUUCUUGGCUUUGCUCCUUGGUCUAGCCAUUCGCCACAGGUUGUUUAGGAAGUGGUAGAGUUCUGUUUGGACAGAUCUGGUGUAGGAAUUUGGCUUUCUGUCUUGGCCUUCCCUGUUUUGGUUUCUAUUGCUGUGAUAAAACACCAUGACCAAAAGCACCUUG